AUGCAUUUCUCCAGGUCUCUUCUCCUAGCCUUCGUCGCCAGCGCUUUCGCCCAGGACGUCGGUUCCGCCAUCAACUCAGUUAUCUCUGAUGCCACUUCAGUCGGCGGAGAUGUCACGUCGCUAGCAGCAUCGAUCGCCUCGGGUGCUACUUCGGUGGCCGGCGACGCAACUUCGCUGGGAGGAUCACUUGCUUCAGAUGCCACGUCGUUGGGAGGAUCGCUCGCCACAUCUGCCGCCUCAUUAGCUUCGUCAAUCGCCAGCAGCGUCCCUACCGGCGUGGACUCGGUGGUCUCGCACCUCACUUCCGAAGCUGCCUCAGUUGAAUCCAACGCCGCAUCAGUGGCCUCCAGUCUUCGAUCCGAGGCUGCCACCGCUGCUCCGUCCGCACAAAGCAGUCUCGAAAGCCGCAUCAGCAGUGUCUUGUCUAGCGCCAGCUCCCGGGAGAACAGCAUCCUGAGCAGUGCCGGGGCCGCAGCCACCUCCUUCCGUACCUCAGCCACAGGUGCAGCCGCAAGCCUCACCUCAGCCGUUGGGAGCAGCGCUUCGGCAGCGGCCACAAGUGCGUCUGGAAAUGGUGCUGUUGGUGGGUAUGUUGUCUCUGCAGCGGGAAUUCUGGGGAGUGUCUUCUUGGGAAUGGUAGUUCUUCUCUGA